UAUCUGCCUGCACGUUACUGCUGCCUGCUGGGCAGCCCUAAAUUGGACCGAAUCCAUGAAUGAUUAUUCGCGAUCAAAAUACUACUCCGGAUGGAAGUAAAGCGCAGAAAACUGGAUCUUUAAGCAGCAGGCACCACCCAAGCGGCGACUCGUUUCUGAGGUUGCGUCACGCUUCAUUCCCUUCCCCUCUCUACCACCGGCGAGCCUCCUUCUCUAUGCGCCAACUACCACGCACGCAACUCCCGGCACCGCGCUAAGCUGCGGUGCGGUGAGGUGCCCCCUUGGACCGGGAUGGAAGUGGCGUCAGCAGAGGGGGUCUCGCCGCGAUCCCCGGGGGCGGCGUCGGAGGAGGAGCACCGGGCCGCGACGUGUCUCCCCAGGCUCGUCGCCGGCGUACUCUCCGGCGUGCUCACCGGCCUCUUCGCUGUUGCUGGAGGCUUGACGGGGGCGAUCACCGGCGCAUUGGCUGGGAGAGCUUCUGAUAGCGGCGUUCUACGAGGAGCUGGAUUGGGGGCAUUUGCUGGCGCUGUCCUCUCCAUUGAAGUCCUAGAGGCUUCUCGUGCUUAUUGGUGCGCUGACCGAUCAAGCCCGCAGAGUACAUCAUCCAUGGGGGAUUUUGUGGAUCAGCUCAUUCAUGCGCGGUUUGUGCAAGAGCAAUAUGAGCCAUCAGUAUAUAUGGCAUAUCGCUGGCAGCAGGUUGGUGUUGCAGAGUUUGGCAAUGAUGAUCUGCAUGGUAUCCUUGGAGAAGCUUCAUCAUAUGGACUCUCACAAGAUUCCUUGAAGAAGUUGCCAUGCCAUGUGGUGACUGAUCAGAAGCAAGAGCCAGUUGAUGAAAACUUGUCUUGCCCUAUUUGCCUACAGGAUAUUGUGACAGGAGAGACCGCAAGGAGGUUGCCGAAGUGUUCUCACUCUUUCCACCAACCUUGUGUGGACAAAUGGCUCAUUGGCCAUGGUUCAUGCCCUGUAUGUAGGCAAGAUGUGUAGAUAGAUGACCUUCAUUCUGUGUUCUCUUCUUAGGAUGUACUCCGUAGUUAUCAGUUCGCCAUACCUGUGUAAAGUAUCUGUUCUCAUGAUAUAUAGAAAGCUAAUAAAUAGCAGUGUAAAUUAAGCCUUGCAUGUUGUUUGUACGUUGGAAAUAAGACGGCCAUGUACAUAAGAUAUUCUGAGGAUCAUGUUUUUUUCUUACCCAGUUGGGAUGUGAAAGUGACAUAUGUUUGUUCUGCUGACCGGUUA